AUGGCUGGUUCAGGAUUGCACCACAGAGGAGGCUCCAUGAGCGUGCGGUGCUCCCGGCUGCAGAGAGCGGGUGUGAGCACCAACCCGACACCUGAAGAGCUUUGGGGAGAGGCGGUGAGGGAUGUCUCCAAACGAGAGGAAGUCUGGGCAGCUUUCCCAGCGGACGUGCGCUUAGAGAGCUUGAGGAAAUCCCCGAGCGGAGGCCGGCACCCGCCUGUCCCGGCAGAUCCUCCUCCUCCUCCUCCUGUCUGGGGCCCGAGCAGGCUUCGGGGCAGGGCGAGGGCUCAGCGUGGCCCCAGCCCGGAGCCGCGGCUUGGGGCUGUCACAGAACAGAGCGGGGGCCGCCCGGGACCCGCGAAACCGAGCGCUGAACCGGCCCCUGGAGCUGCGCCGGGUCUCGGGCGCCGUCCGGUUAGGUUAAAGAGGCUGGGGCAGAGGCUCUGCUUUGCCUUCAGGUCUGCUGCGGGUCCGGCAGGACUUAGUACUGAUGGCCUUGACCUACCAGGGAGAUUUCUCUUUGCAACCUUGACUCUGAUGACGCUCAUUGCCAUUCUGGUGUUUAUAGAGGAAGCAGUCUACAUCUACAGGAAAAUCCCCUCUUCCAAAAGAUCAAUCAUAAUUUGGAUUAAUGCUGCAGCUCCAGUCAUCUCUACUACUUCAUGCAUUGGCAUGUGGAUUCCUCGCUCAACAAUGUUUACAGAUUUCACAGCAGGAAUAUUUUUUGCCAUAGUUAUCCACAAGUUUCUGAUGAUGAUGAUUAAAGAGUGUGGAGGCCAGAAGAUGCUCCUCAGGAGGUUUGAAAAUGGUCGCUUCACCAUCAGCACCGGCCCCUGCUGCUGCUGCUGCCCCUGCCUGCCUCGUGUGCCCAUCACCAGGCAAACCCUCUUUUGGCUGAAGCUGGGCACCUUUCAGUUUGCUGUCUUUCGGCCUGUGCUCAUAUUUUUAUCAAUAGUGCUUUGGACUAAUGGCAAUUAUGUCCUUUACAAUUUGUCUCCCAAAGGACCUGCACUAUGGAUCAACUGCUUCAUUGGUGCCCUCACCCUUUUUGCUCUGUGGGCAGUGGGAAUCAUGUUUCGAAAAGUUAGGAUUCUCCUUAAGUGUAAGAACAUUAUCCCAAAGUUUGCUCUUUAUCAGUUUAUUGUCAUUCUGAACCACCUGCAGACCACUAUUAUCAACAUAUUUGCUACACAAAAAAUAAUUCCCUGUGCUCCACCACUCUCCUCUACAGCAAGAGGAUCAUAUAUAGCCCAGCAGCUGCUCAUCAUGGAAAUGUUUCUGAUAACUGUAAUCUCCAGAGUGGUCUAUCGGAGAAAAUACCAUGACCUAGAGCCUCCGGAGUGUGCGGCUGAAGAGCCCGGGGACAAGAAGCAGACUCCUAAGAUUAUCCUGAAUGGUGCAGUUGUUGAAGACGGAUUGCCAAAGGUUUAGAAGCCUCCUGUGCUCCUGUUGUGCAGAAGGUGUAAGAUCAGCUUCAGGAACUUGUAUAUUCUUGCACCAAAAAUAGCCACUGUCCAUGUCGAAACAACUUCUGGCAGAAAUGCCUGGGAGCUGCAUUACUGAAGGAGCAGUAAAGACAACUCUUGAUUCUCCAGCCAUGUAUGCAUGGUGAUAGUGUUUUUACACCAUGUGAUUUACUAAGAUUUUAUACCAUUUUAUACUGUUACUGAGCACUUGAUGGUGCCAAACCGUCUUACAAUAUGAUUUUCUUUUAUUUUUAUUUUUUAGCUAUUAGAAUGACCAUGAUUUAGAGUUAAUUCAGAGUAAUUAUUUUUCAUCUUUUUUGACUUUUAAAAAUCUUAUUUCACCCUGAACUGCUGUCAUAUGUCCAACACAGCAUUUUUCCAUACUUCCUCCAUUACCAUAGAUCAUCUCUCACUCUAUGCCAUGAGCUCACCAUAGCUAAUUCCGAUCAGUAAAUAUAGUCUCAUAUGCUUGUUCUGAAAUCCCCAAACCCAUGUGGGCUGUCCACCUAGAGAAACAAUGAUCUCUCUAGGGCGAGAUUUUUACAUUCCUUGGCAACUCACCUGCUAAAUUGGUAAAUACACAGUUAUGUUUGUAAAUAUGUCAGGUGUUCUUCCUGUGGACAGCACCUACUGGCCUAGGAAAGGAAGGUAGGAUUUGGAGUCUGGGAUGUCUUCUGCCACUGGUCUGUGGUGUUACAUGGUGCUGUGGUUCUCUGCUUGGUAAAUGGGGAUAAUGAUGCUCAGGAUCCUUGCACUAACAGGGUCCAUGAGGGUGGGAGCGACUGGAAGGACUAUUGGGGUGCUGGUCAUCAGCCAGCUGAUGUGCCCAGGUGGUCAAGAAGGCCCAUGGCACCUGGCCUGUAUCAGUAAUAGUGUGGCCAGCAGGACCAGGGCAGGAUUUUCCCACUGGGGAGGACAUACCUUGAAUCUUUUGUUCAGGUUUGGACCCCUCAUGACAAAAAGAGCAUUGAGGUGCUGCAGUGUAUCCAGAGAAGGGCAAGAGAACAAAGCUAGGCAGAAGGAGUCACAGUAUAUUUUGGGUUGGAAGAGACCUUUAAAGGUCAUCUAGUCCAAGCCCCUGCAGUGAGCAGGACAUUUUCACCUAGAUCAGGUUGCUCAGAGCCCCAUCCAAUCUGACCUUGAAUGUUUCCAGGGAUAGACCACCUGCCACCUCUCUGGGCCACCCAUUCCAUUAUCUUACACCUCUCACUUAAAAAAUUUCUUCCUUAUAUCUAGUCUAAAUAUUCCCUCUUUUAGUUUAAAACCUUUAUCCCUUGUCCUGUUGCAACAGGCCCUGCUGAAAAGGGUGUCCCCAUCUUUCUCGUAGUCCCCUUUAGGUACUGGAAGGCCACAAUAAGGUGGCCUCUUCCCAGAGCCUUCUCUUCUCCAGGCUGAACAGACCCAUCUCCCUCAGCCUGUCUUCAGAGGCUGAAGUGCUCCAGCCCUCUCAGCAUUUCUGUGGCCCUUCCCUGGACCCACUCCACCACACACUGGGGCUUUAUUUAUAGCUUACACUGAAUUAAAAUAUUGCGUUCAGUUUGGGAAUUGGUGGGAAAUUAAAUAUUCUGAAAACAACUAGUGAACCACCUGAAGUAGAAAUUGGGGCUGACUUAAAAUGUUUUCUUCUUUCUGACUGAGGUCAGAAACAGUAUUUUCUUUAACAACUGAAGGAUUCCAUUAUAGUAGGAAACUUGAAUUGUUUUUGUUUUGAAAUGUUUGACACAAUUUUUAUAUUUAAUCUCUUUUUCUAAGUAGACAUUCUGGAAAAUUAAUACAGACUCUUGAACUGCAUUAAUUUGAGAGAAUCUGCACUUUACCCUUGAAAAAUAAUUUAUGUGAAAUUUUUUACUCUGCAUUAGAGUGAGUGCAUUAGAAUUAACUGGGAUCAGCUAAUUUUUCUUAACAGGAGAAAUCUUCUUAAUAUAUUUUAACAUUAUGACUAUCAGCAUAUUCCUAAAGUUGCUUUAUAUCAGUGUAAUUUAGGCCACAGGCACAUAUAUAGGUGUGAAGUGUAAUACUGAAUUUCAUAAAAGCAUUGAGGAUGGUUUGCUGGGAGUUCAAUAAGCCUCAAAAUUGGAAAAUAAAAUAUUUUG